UAUUCCUUUCAAAUUUACGAGUAGAGUUGGACGUAGAGGACUCGCGACGGACUCGCGAAAGCGCCGGCCGCCGGUCCUCCCCCACCAUUCCACCCGAACGGGCAAACCCCCUGACCUCACGCGCCUAUUAGUACCAUGCCCACCUUCUGCCCUCAAACCUCACCUUGAUGCGAUCCUUCUCCCACCCUCCCCUCCGCGGCUUCCUCCUACUCCGAAGCCCCAAAUCUGUCUCCUCCUUCUCCCCCUCCCUCUCGAUCCGCCCCCGAUUACUUCUCCUCAAGCGAGAUCGGUCGAAUCCCAGCUUCCUCAAGAGUUUUUCGCUGUUGGCCAGCGCGGAUCUGAAGUUCCCACCGGCUUCUCUGAGAUCGGAUCUGUUUCCCCCCUCAGCUAGAACCGGCAUGGCGUCGGUCGUCGGAGAAGGCUCGGUGGCCGCUCGGUUAUGGAUAGCAUCCAGCAAGGAGGCGCUUCUCGGUUCGUAUACUCCCUUUGUUGUGCUUCUCGCGGCGGGAACACUAGACAUGGAUACUUUCCGUAGAUACAUCGCACAGGAUGCCUAUUUUUUGAGGGCCUUCGCGCAAGCCUAUGAGAUGGCGGCAGAAUGUGCUGAUGAUGAUGAUGCCAAGGAUGCACUCAAUGAGUUGAGGAAAGAUGCCCUUGACGAACUUAAAAUGCACGACUCAGUAAUGCAGGAUUGGGGAGUUGAUCCCACCAAAGAGAUAAUUCCCAACCCAGCAACUCUAAAGUACACUGAAUUCUUGCUUGCAACUGCUGCUGGAAAAAUUCGAGGGGAGAAGGGUCAUGCAAAUAUAGUCACUCCGUUUGAGAAGACAAAAAUAGCUGCUUACACAGUUGGUGCAAUGACUCCUUGUAUGCGGCUUUAUGCAUUCUUAGGUAAAGAGCUCCAGUCAUAUUUGAAAGCCCAAGGAAAUUGUCAUCCAUACAAGAGGUGGAUUGACACUUAUUCCUCCACAAGCUUUGAGGAAUCUGCCAUGCGAAUAGAAGACUUGCUUGAUAAGUUGAGUGUUUCAUUGACUGGUGGUGAGCUGGAAAUAAUGAAAAAGCUUUAUUGUCAAGCUAUGAAACUUGAAGUUGAAUUUUUUAAUGCUCAGUCUAUUGUCCAACCGGUGGUAGUUCCAUUCACCAAAGUGCUUGAUAAGGAAACUCAGCUGGUUAUUUGUUCUGAUUUUGACUUGACAUGCACUAUGCUUGAUUCCUGUGCCAUAUUGGCAGAGCUAGCAAUCUUAACUGCAUCCAAGGUUGUUCAGAGUGACACUGAUACUUUGGCUACUCAGAAAUCGUCUUCAGUUAUGAGGAACUCUUGGGAUAUACUUUCUAAGCAGUAUGCUGAAGAGUAUCAGCAAUGCAUAGAAAGCUUACUUUCUGCAGAACAAGCUGAAACAUUUGACUAUGAAAGCCUAUGCAAAAGCAUUGAGAAGCUCUCUGAUUUUGAAAAGCAAGCAAAUUCUAGGAUCAUGCAGUCAGGAUUGCUGAAGGGAUUGAAUCUAGAAGACAUCAAAAGGAAUGGGGAGCGAUUGAUCCUACAAGAUGGAUGUAAAGAUUUUUUCCAGAAGGUUAUAACAAUAAAGGAAAACUUCGAUGCUGAUUUCCAUAUACUCUCUUUUUGUUGGUGUGCAGAUCUUAUAAGAUCAUCCAUUGCCUCAGUAGGUUGCCUAAAUGAUUUGAGCAUACAUGCAAAUGAGUUCAACUACGAAGGAUCUAUUUCAACUGGUGAAAUUAUCACAACCAUGGAGUCUCCCACGGACAAGGUCAAUAAAUUAAGAAGCAUCCUAUCCAAGCUUGGCAAUGAAAAGAAACAGUUGUCCAUCUACAUUGGGGAUUCGGUCGGUGAUUUGCUGUGCUUGUUGGAAGCAGAUGUUGGGAUAGUGAUUGGAUCAAAUUCAAGUUUAAGGAGAAUCGGGGAGAAGUUUGGUGUCUCAUUCACCCCACUGCACCCUGCUGUGAUAAAGAAGCAAAUGGAGGUUGUAGGGAAUGACUCGUACCCAUGGAAGGGGUUGUCUGGUAUUCUCUAUACUGCAUCUAGCUGGACAGAAGUACAUGCAUUUAUUUUGGGGGCAUAAUUUUUAUCUAUUUUGCACCUCUUUCCUCUUGUUGUUAAGAGUAAUAUAGACUCGUUCCUAUAUCAAUAUGUGGCUGGUUUUGUGAAGCCACAAGUUUCUUAUUUAUCCUCCACAGUUAGAUUGAUGGAAAGAAGAAUUACUUUGUCCCUGGCAAUCGUUUCUUGCUGCCAACCCAUCUACAAGUAGAAGCCAGUCGGCAUUUUUAUCAGACAGUCGAAGAUAUUUAAGUUUCAGUUUUUGCAUGUACAUCUCAUUUGUACUUGUGGUAUCAAAAACAAUGUCCAAAAUCAGACAUUUUUAGAACUAGGGAUGGAACUCGAGACUUAAGACAAGAAUUUUAGAAUAUCAGAUGAAUGUGUAUCCUCUAUGCAAGUUGAGAAAUUCAAUCACCUUUCAGCAUGA